GAGAGAGAGAGAAAGAGAGAGAGAGGCUGGGAUUGUCUGUAGUCGGUGUGUCCUUACAUAUGUACGGGUUGAAGAAGCUUAGAAAUUGGAAUCAGUUGAACAUCUACCUUCUCGGAUGGAUUUGAGAGCGGAUGCGACUUGAAGGAGCGUCGGCGAUGACAGGGCCGUCUUGUAGCUGAUCAUCCCUAGAGGAUUCGACAGCCCUGGUUUUAUGCCCCGACCACCUCCUAACCCCUCCCCCACCAACCCGACCGUGUGUUCCUCCCAGGUUCUCCUCCUGGUUUCUGUGGACCACGCUCGCUUUCUCCACCCCGGAAUUCACCUAAACAUCGGGAGCUAAACCCUACAAAGAACAAUUAAUCAGAAAAGACAAAAAAAAAUAAUAAUUACAAAUAAAAGAAUGGAUGAUUUGAAGAAAAUGAGAGGACGCAAAAUAAGGGUCCAUAUUUAGAGGAGGAGAAAAAAAGACUGAAGGAGGACAUUUUGGUUGGAGAAAGAGUGGAUGUUUGUCGAUGAAGAAAUUGUUCCUAUUUAUGUAAAGCAUCCUCUUUUUUUCCACGAGUAACCGGCUCUAUACUUAACAACACACACACACACACACACACACACACACACACACACACACACACUCUCUAUCACCUAACCUACUCCCACACUUCCCGGCCUCAGGAUGAUGUGUGAGGUGAUGCCGACUAUAUCGGAGGAUGGCCGUGGUGGAGGAGGAGGCGGGCCGUCCUCACCUGCUGGGGGUGGGAGUGGCAUGGGAGGGGGCAUGGGGGGCAUCGGGGGCAACUACGAGGGUGGCAGCACGGGUAACCUGGAGUCUCUGAUGGUGAACAUGCUGACGGAGCGAGAGCGUCUGCUGGAGAGCCUGAGAGAGACGCAGGAGAGCCUGGGGACGGCACAGCUCCGCCUCCGCGAACUGGGACACGAGAAAGACUCACUCCAGAGACAGCUGUCUAUCGCACUGCCUCAGGAGUUUGCUGUGUUGACCAAAGAGCUGAAUGUGUGUCGAGAGCAGCUGCUGGAGAGAGAGGAGGAGAUUGCUGAACUCAAGGCAGAGAGAAACAACACAAGGCUGUUGCUGGAGCACUUGGAGUGUUUGGUGUCUCGUCAUGAGCGCUCUCUGAGGAUGACGGUGGUGAAGAGACAGGCUCAGUCUCCGGCCGGCGUCUCCAGCGAGGUCGAGGUUCUCAAAGCUCUCAAGUCUCUGUUCGAACAUCACAAAGCUCUGGAUGAGAAGGUGAGGGAGAGACUGCGUGUAGCUCUGGAGCGAGUGGCCGUGCUGGAGGAAGAGCUCGAGUCUUCUACAAACGAGGUUCUGACUCUGCGUGAUCAGAUUAAACGGCGUGAACGUGGCCAGGACAAUGGGAAAGAGCGCCUCCCGAACGGCCCGUCCUCCAUCUUGGAUGAUGGAGAGAUUGACAGACAGAGGGAGGGUGAGAUCGAACGCCAGAGGGCAGAGCUUUCUCAGCUCAAAGAACGACUUGCCCUCAUGUGCAGACAGGUGUGUGUGUGUGUUGGAGAUCGAGGAGCAGCUCACUGCUGCCAGGAGGAAGUGACCAAGACUGAGGAGGCCAAUCAGAAGCUUCAGAGGGAGAUAAAAGAGGCUUUGUGUCAGAGAGAGGAUAUGGAGGAGAGAAUUACGACUUUAGAACGCAGGUACCUGAGCGCCCAGCGGGAGGCGACGUCUCUUCACGACAUCAAAGACAAGCUGGAGAAUGAACUGGCUAGUAAAGAAUCUCUAUACAGACAGAGUGAGGAGAAGAACAGGCAGCUGCAGGAACGUCUGGAUGAUGCAAAGCAGAAGCUCCAGCAGACGCUGCAGAGAGCUGAGACACUGCCCGAAAUCGAGGCUCAGCUUGCACAGAGAGUGGCUGCCCUCAAUAAGGCCGAGGAACGCCAUGGCAACUUCGAGGAGCGACUGCGACAGAUGGAGGCACAACUGGAGGAGAAGAACCAGGAGCUGCAGAGAGCGAGACAGAGGGAGAGGAUGAAUGAUGAACACAACAAGCGUCUCUCGGACACCGUGGACAAGCUGUUGUCCGAGUCGAACGAGCGUCUGCAGCUGCACCUGAAGGAGCGCAUGGCGGCGCUCGAGGAGAAGAACGCUCUGUCAGAGGAGCUCGCGAACAUGAAGAAGAUCCAAGAUGAUCUGCUGGCAAACAAGGAUCAGCUGAUUGCAGAACUGGAGAGGCUGCAGCUGGAACUGGAUCAGCUGAGGGGCAGGUCUGGCUCCUCCUACUCUCGCUCUCUUCCUGGCAGCGCUCUGGAGCUCAGGUACUCCCAGGGAGGCGGAUCUCUACCUGCCGGCUCCACCACUCACCUGGAUCACUACGGCAGUACAGGCUCAGGGGGCGUGGUCAGACGGGCCCACCGUGGACGCUGGGGAGGAGCGAGAGAGGACGCCAGCAAGUACGGUGAAUGGGAGAGCGGUGCUUUGCUCGGCCCGGGUUUCGAGGGCGGAGUUGAGGGCGGAUGCUCCGAUGACGAAGAGGACCGCGAGACGCUCUUCGGCUCUGAGCUGCUUUCUCCCAGCGGACAGACGGACGUCCAGACACUGGCCAUCAUGCUUCAGGAGCAGCUGGAAGCCAUCAACAAGGAGAUCAAGUUGAUUCAGGAGGAGAAGGAGAACACAGAGCUAAGGGCUGAAGAAAUCGAGAGCCGUGUAAGCAGUGUGGCUCUGGAUGGACCCCCUGUUCCUCCGUCCUCUUUGGGAAGAGAUGCCAGUGGCAGGACCUUCAUCACUCCGUCCCUCACCUCCUCCACACUGGCAUCCCCCUCUCCGCCCAGCUCGGGUCACUCCACCCCACGCCUGCCCCACUCCCCGGCCCGCGAGUCCGACAGACAGAACAACAAGGAAGAUGAUAGGUCCCUGGCCUUGCUGGACUCCACCCCUCCUCCCACACCUCGCGCACUGCGAUUGGAUAGAAUGAGCCACACCCACCCCGGGGCCAUGCUGGAUGACAGCCGGGAGUUUCGCAGUCUCUCGGCAGACGGCAGCAGCUCGAACAGCAGUCAGGACUCCCUCCACAAGGCCAGCAAAAAGAAAAGCAUUAAGUCUUCCAUCGGCCGCCUUUUUGGAAAGAAGGAGAAGGGACGCAUGGGACAGCCAGGCCGCGAGUCCACCUCUUUGGCUUCCACUCCCUCUGAUGAUCUCGGCUCCGUCGACCCACUCGGCCUCACCAAGAUGGCCGGACCCGUGGACAAGGACCGCCGCAGCAAGAAGAAGCACGAGCUGUUGGAGGAGGCGUGUCGUCAGGGGCUUCCCUUCGCCUCGUGGGACGGCCCCACCGUGGUGUCCUGGCUUGAGUUGUGGGUAGGCAUGCCUGCAUGGUACGUGGCUGCGUGUCGCGCUAACGUGAAGAGCGGUGCGAUCAUGGCUAAUCUGUCCGACACGGAGAUCCAGCGUGAGAUCGGAAUCAGUAACCCGCUGCACCGCCUCAAACUGCGACUCGCCAUCCAGGAGAUGGUGUCGCUCACCAGCCCAUCUGCCCCGGCCAGCACCCGCUCUUCAACCAGUAACGUUUGGAUGACGCAUGCUGAAAUGGAGUCUCUUACUGCAGCCACCAAGCCAGAGCUGAAGGAGUUCAGCUGGGAUCAGAUUCUGGCCUACGGUGAUAUGAACCACGAGUGGGUGGGGAACGACUGGCUGCCCAGUCUGGGUUUGCCUCAGUACAGAAGCUACUUCAUGGAGUCUCUGGUGGACGCUCGCAUGCUGGACCAUCUGACCAAGAAGGAGCUGCGUGGACAACUCAAAAUGGUGGACAGCUUUCACAGGGUGAGCCUUCACUACGGCAUCAUGUGCCUGAAGAGGCUAAACUACGACCGAAAGGAGUUGGAGAGGAAGCGAGACGAGAGCCAACACCAGAAUAAAGAUGUGAUGGUGUGGUCAAACGAGCGUGUGAUGUGCUGGGUGCAGUCCAUCGGUCUGAAAGAAUUUGCAGAUAACCUGGCUGAGAGUGGUGUGCAUGGAGCUCUCCUUGCCCUGGACGAUACCUUCGACUACACCGACCUGGCCCUGCUUUUGCAGAUCCCCAACCAGAACACACAGGCACGCCAACUCUUGGAAAAAGAAUAUAACUCCUUGAUUGCCAUGGGAACCGAGAGGAGGCCGGAUGAGGACGGCACUAAGACAUUCACUCGCUCCCCGUCCUGGAGGAAGAUGUUCCGUGAGAAGGACCUGAGAGGAGUGACCUCGGACUCUUCAGAGACACUGCCUGCGAACUUUCGCGCCUCGGCCAUCUCCACUCCAUCUGUGACCCUGCGCAAGGUUCAAAGCGAAGUGUCUCCGAGGGGCGAGUCAGCAUCAGUGAGAACAUACUCUUGCUGAAGGCCUCAAAAGGGGGCGCUGUGAGCACAUGACUGGGAAAGCCGAAAAAGGAAAAAAAAAGCAAUGAUUAUAUUACAUUUAGAAAAAUAUGAAAACAAACAAACAAACAAAAAAAACCCCACCCCACUGGUCUGGACUAUUCUGCAAUAACAGAAGACGGAGCCGGGGCAACCGGAAGAAGAAGAAGAAAAAAAAAUACAUAAAAGAACUUGAAGACUAAAGACGUGACGAAUGUAUGACGUAGAAAGGACAACGAGGACACUCAGACCUGGUGUGGGAAACGGAGGACUCUUUUUAACUUUCGCUCUGUCGUUCUCUUGUCCCUUUUUUCUUUCGUCCGUGCCAUGAUGUCUCUCAGUCAGUCGUUGUGGUUUUUAAUCAAAACUGCCGCUUUCUUCAACCCCCGCUUCUGUUAAUUGGACCGACCCUGUGCACUGGUGCCCAUUUCGUUCAGAUUGUACCAUCUCAGAAAAAGGGGUCCGUGUCUCUCGUUUUCUCUUCUUCUUCUUUUCUCGCCCUUUAUCGUUUUGCACCCAGACAGGAUGGUAAGUAGCGCAGACAGAAGGCGUCGUAAAAAUGGAAAGUGCGAGUCAGAGGUUAACCGUGAUGGAAGGUGGCGUCUGCACUCCCACCGUGCGAGGAACCUCACGCUGAAAAGCAUUACGGGAUUUCCCCUUAAGGCCAAGCUUUUAUCUCCAAUUCUUUUAUUUUAAGGGGGUGUAAAAGAGCAGCAUGAAUGAAGAUUAACUCGAAUACGUAAAAGAUUUGGGGCAAAACAGAUGCAGAUGGAAGACAUGGAAGGAAAAGUGAGAAUGAUAGAAAUGAUAAAAAAGAGGGUGAGGUCCGAAAAAUGCAAGAAAAUCCACAGCGUCCUCCUUUUGACACGAUUCAUAACGCAAGCCAUAACGGAGGACGACGGGCGAAAAAGGUGCAGGAUGAGAAGUGGGAAAAAAAAGGAGGAGGAAGCUACAACGAGAACUGAAGGAGAAUCGUUUCUUCUGUGUUGCGAUGCAUGUCGAACAUCGAACAACGACUCAAAACCUUUUGGGGAAUAAAGACAACAAAAUGUGACAAUGUGAAUUAAAAAAAAAAAAAACAUCUGAAAUAAGUGUACAUUAACAUACGACCACAUUCGCGAGCCUGGGGAACAAUUUGUAAAAUGUGUGUAUUUUCAUUUUUAUUUUUUUGAUUUUGUAUGAUAACUAUAUUUAUUUUCUUUAUGUAUGUAUUGAACAACUGUAUGUACAUGUUCAUUUAUUACCUAAUUCUGACUGUAAGUUUGAUUUUAUCUAGUUCGAAGCGUAAAUAUCUUCAAAAAGCGAAAAAAAAAAAAAAAACGUACGAAAAACAUGGUCAUAUGAAAUUAUGCUACUUGUAACGUGUACAAUUUUGAGGACAAACUUGUGUUAUGGUUCCAAGCGAAACGUCGCCGGAGGGACGACGUUGGCGACGACGAUGUCGGGGGGCGGCGGCGACUCGGCUCGAAGGCGCCACCUGUGAAUUAAAGUCAUAAAGCCACUGACUGAAGAUAUAUAAAUAUAUAUAAAACGGAGGAUGUGAAAAAUGAAAAUAAAGCGGUCCUGAACGGUACCUCAGGUCAUCUCGGUGUGUUUGUGAUCCGCUCAGAGGGACUCUAGAGCAUGUAUCGGGUUUCGUGUGUCGUGUGUGCGUACGUGAGUAUGUGUUCCGCUGUGUAAAUGACAACGUUGUUGAUUCGCUGCAACCCUAAGACUGAGGACAUGUAUGUAUGUUUGCAAAAAACAAACAAAGAAAAAACAAACAAAAACAAAGGUAUUUGUACAUGUGCAAAUAUAUUCAUGAAGAAUUCA